UAUAUAAAGUGAACCCCUUGCCUUUCUUUUUCCCACCAUCCAUUCUCAAAUGGUCGAGGUCGAGGUCGAGCGCCGCAUGAGCACCCUUACUCCUUCCCAUGCCGCUGGGCUCCGUCGCCUUUCCACCCGCGCAGCUACGGCCCCUGCUCCCACCCCAACCCGCAAUGGCCUCCUUCCUCUCACCCCUCUCGCCGAAUCCCUCCUAGCUCAUCUCCGCUCCUCUGGCGUCCCUAUCCUCCCUGGCCUCUCCGACACCGAUCUCGCCCGCACGGAAGCGGAGCUCGGCUUUCCCUUCCCUCCCGAUCUCCGUGCUAUCCUCUCCCUCGGCCUUCCUUCUGGCCCAGGCUUCCCGGACUGGCACCGUCUCCAGUCAUCAUCCCUUUCCCUCCCUCUUGCCGCCGCAUCUCUCCAGGUCGCUCGUGGUUCUCUCUGGCCUCGCUCCUUAGGCCCUCGUCCCUCUGACCACACCCUUGCCCUCCACUCCGCUCGUUCCUCUCUCCGCCGCGCCCCCUCCCUCAUUCCCCUCUUUAACCGCUGCUACCUCCCCUCCCACCCCUGUCUUGCUGGCAAUCCCGUCUUCCUCGUCUCCGACGAUCAGAUCACCUGCUGCGCUCUCGAUCUCGCCGACUUCUUCCGCCGCGCUCUCGCCUUACCCCCUUCCUCUGAUCUCUCCCUCCGUCGCCAACGCUCCGCUGGACCUCCAGAGAAACCCCCGCCUGCCCCCUCCUCCCGCCGCAGCCUCGACUCUAUCGCUGGCAAAAACCCUCGCUGGAUCGAGUUCUGGUCGGACGCCUCCUCCGAUUGCCGUCGCCGGAGCUCCUCCUCCUCCUCCUCCGAACCCUCUCCUCAGUGUUUCCUCGAGAUCCGGCCCCAAAAACUCCCCACCUGGGUUGGAGGCUAUCUCGAUCGCAUCGGCUCCGUUCUCAGAGCCGGUGGUUGGAAUGAAUCCGACGUUCGUGAGAUCGUCCACGUAUCCUCCUCCGGUCUAUUCAACGGCCACGAUGAGAUUGUUUUGGAUGACCAGGCGAUCCGUGACUCGCUGCUACUGAAAACGAAUCGCUGCUCCGACUCGCUCAGACAAGCUGGCUGGAGCUCCGACGAGAUCAACGACGCUCUUACUAUCGAGUUCCGCCACGAUCGCCGACGACAUCCAGUGAAGUUGCCGCCCGAGAUCGCCUUCAAGAUCGGCCAGCUUGCAGAAGCCGUUUCCCGGUAGCAGAGAGCGCGUUUCACCUUCUUUCCUGUAUAUAACAAUUGCGGAAACUAUACCCGUACGAUGAAAUAUAAAAUAAUGAUAAUAAUAAAAAUAAUAUGUUCACAUAGUUAUUAUUAUUAUUAUUAUUUUUGAGUAUUGAGGUGAAACAUGUGAAUGGUGCUGUAUUCGAUUUUAAAAAAGUGUUUUUAAGAAUAUUAUUAAAAGGAAAUAUUUAAUAUUUAAAU